AUAUAUAUAUAUAUAUAUAGAUAGAAGAGCUAGAAAGUGAGGAUCUGGACAUUUCUUUUCGUCCCGAAAGGAUACGACACACAGCUGCAGAGGCUGCGAGCUCCAACUGAAGCGAACACAAGUCGAUGACUGAGAACUCCGCCUCCCACGAUGGACAAGAAAAGUGCCAACGGCUUUCAGACCAAGGUCAGUGAGGCCGGCAUUCAGAGGAAGCAGCUGCCCUACUCAGUGGAAACGCCCUACGGCUUCCACCUGGACCUAGACUUCCUCAAAUAUGUUGACGACAUUGAAAAAGGCAAUACCAUCAAAAGGGUCCACAUUCAGCGCAGGGUCAAGGGCCCGGCCAAAUUCAGCACCCUGCCCAGAAAUUUCAGCCUUCCUGGACAUGGGGCCAGGCCUCCCCCGAAGGAAAAGGACAGCACAUGGUCUGGGACGUCCACCCUGGGGCCUAAGCCUAAAUCACGGGUGGCGGAGGUCCAACAGAUCUUCGACUUCAGGGCAAGCGAAGGGGGGACUUCCAGCCAAAUCGGAAGGUGGACGACCGGUCAAAGAGCUGGCUAUGUUUCAGCAAAGCCCAGAGGUGAAGUAGGAGUUGGGGCUGAGGACGGUGAAGAGAAAACUGGAGGGUUUCAAAGUCGUCCGAACCUGCUCCGAGCAUCGAGCAUGCCCGUCACCCUGCAGCAGAGGAAAGGUUCCGAUUCGAGCAGUCCGGACCGGAUUGUGGGAACGCCGGAGAGCGGCUCGACGGAGAAUAUUUUCCGUGCUUCACCGGACAUAACGGAGAGACGGUGUGUUCCACAGGAUCGGACGGGCCUUCACCAGCAGAUCACAGUGGCACUGAAGCGGGUCAGAGAGCUGGAAGAGCAGGUCAAAACCAUCCCAGAACUCAAGGCUCAGAUCAGUUCACUGAGAGAGGAGAGGGAGAAGCUUCUGCUUCAGCUCCAAGCCCUGGCCCAAGCCCAAGCCAAGGUCUCCUCAUUAUCCUCUACAAAAGCACCACAUUCUGAUUCUGGGACACACACUGGGACGCCACAACGACACAGACCCUCAGAAGGGCUCAACUUAGCUCUGGUGACUCAACCCACCGGAGAAAUGGUAACAGGGAAAGAGAAACAAGGUGUUACAGAGAAAAGUAAAGCAUUACAAAAAGAGUGGGAGAUAAAUCAAGAAUCUUUGAAGAGUUCCUCGGCACAUGCAGAUACAAGAGAACAAGAAUCAGUGAGAGAAACACAAAUGUCAGAAAAAACGGACAUACAAAAAGAGACUUUAGAGGGUACACUGGAGCAUGCAGUGCAAAAGCUAUCAAAGGACAUUGCAGGACAGGAAUUAACAUCACUUAGGGGGGCUAUAAAAGAUGCAGAGACCAGCAGUAUUCAAGAUGGUGAUGCGGCAAAAGAAGACAAACUCGAGGACCCCGACAGUAUGCAGAACCUGCAGGACAAGCUAAUGGUACUGGAGGCUAAACUGACUCAGGCUAGCCACGAUCUGGAGAGAACCACGAGCCUUUUGAAAGAACAAAUAGAUGAGAAUAAGGAAAAAGAGGAGAGAAUACUACAACUGAGUGAUGGAGUGAGGGUGGAGGUGUGUACACCGGAUGGACAAAACAGGCCAAGAAGAGAGAGUAUUGACACGGGGACAGAGACAGAGAAGGUAGAUUCUGCCAACCAAGAGACAGAGACGGAGUCACUCGGUAAAGUAGAUCAGGGAACAGAUACGGCACGGAUCUGUAUUGAAGUAUUCGUACCCACAGCGGGGACUGAAGAUAUCGAUGAGGGAAUAGAAACAAAUGCAGUUGACACAAAUGAACAGUUGAUAGAGAUGGAGGCAGAAGCGGCUGCUGUGAGCCCACCGAGACCCAGAGCCAACAGCAUGGAACGGGGCACGGCGACGGAGAGGAUCGCCACUCAGGAUCAGAUGACGGAGACGCCCGGAGCGGAAAGGGUCAACCAAGUCACCGAAACAGAGGGGGAGGCCGUAGCGGACCACCCGCAGAGACCAAGGGCCAGCAGCGUAGACCGGGGGACAGAGACGGAGAAAGUGAACACCGUGGACAGGGUGACGGAGACGGUGGAAGCACAGAGGGCAGAUCGGCAGAUUGAGACAGAGGUAGAGAAAUCACAGGGUAAAAACGCAGAGAGAGAUGCAGAGUCAGAGAGUCAAGUGAGAGAACGCCCAUGCAGUGAAAGAUCAGAAGAGGUAGGCAGUGUGGUUAGUGGAGUGGAGGAUAAGAAAGCAAAUGAAAUCAUUCAAAUAGAGAGCGGAGAAAGUGAAAGUGUGGCCGUAAAAGAGAGUUCAAUCGCAGUUCUGGAAAACAGAGAUGAAGAAACCGCAGCUUCAGAUAUUGAAAGUCAGGAUCAAGCGCUUGUUGCAGCAGGAAAAAACACAGAAUCAGAGAUUGAAACAUUUACUUCGGAGAAUGACUCGGUAACAAAAGAAAUCGAAUCCCUAAAGAGUGAAGUAAAAGAAAGUGUUGAAGCACCCCAGAUUGAAAAGGAGACCGUAGAGAGAACACAAACAGCAGAAGGUGUGAUCGUGUGUGCAUCAUACUCAGAGCCUGAGGUCACUGACACAUUUGUAGCAGCAGCAGCAGCAGCAGAGGACGCAGCUGUGAAGACUGUGGCUCCAGUACGACCCCAGAGAGGCCGAAAACUCUCGGCAGAGCCGGCUCCGCCAAUACCUGCUCAAGCUCAAGCUGCUCCCGUGCGUCCUCGUAAGGGAUCUGGUGAAACUCAAGCGCAGCGGUCCCAGCCCCAGACAAAAGCACACCCCAAGGUGCAGGUUCCACUUCAGCUUGAGGCCGAAACCCCCCAAAAGCUCUCUGAACCACAGGUAAAACACCAAGCCUCACGUCCGUCUCAGGUUGACGACAGCACCCUAGCAGAGAGGCCUCCCGGGGCGUCUUGUGGGAAACGAUCAAAAUUACAACUGCAGACUGAGACUCAAGGUGCGCCUCCGGGCUCCAGUGUCCAAACCCGUCCCAAAUCAACUCAAGCACAAACCACUGCAGGUCGACGGAAUUCCAAAGAGCUUAAAGCUUCGCAACCUCCCAGUCGAGGGUCAGGAGAAGCCCAGACGCGCCCAACUCGCCAGGGGUCAAUCGAAGCUCAACUUCCAUCUCAGGGCUCUCGCAGAAGUCCCGGUGAGACUCAACAACCUCAAAAAGAUAGCAACCUGACACAAUCCCUGCGCCGGGGCUCCAGCGAAACCGCUCAGCGUUCCGGUUCGGGCGAGACCCAGGCGUCGCGUCGGGACUCCGGCGAGGCCGAGCCUUCUCGCAGAGGCUCCUGCGAGUCGCCGACGUCGCCGGCGGCUUUGGGCCAAGUCGUAACCCGGUUGACGGGGCUUCUGGGCGAGCAGUGGGCACAGCUGGGGAGCGGCUCCGGAACUCAACAGACGGCCAGCCAGCAGGAAAACCCCGGCGUCCAGAAACAGACGGCGGGGAAAAGAGCAGAGGCAGCGAAAGGAGCGUCAGCCAAGCCUGCGGGGAAAGCGGUCCCUGCGGCGACAACAGGGAAAUCAGCGGGGAAGGCCGGUCCCUCCAAAAUGAGCACAAUUCAAAGUCAACUGGUCAGCUCCCUCAGUGUCCUCUCUGCUUUCUACUCCCCGGGCCAGAAAGCUGCCGCUGCCAGCAAACAGCAAGAACAAGGUCUCAAAUCAAUCAUGAAGAAAGAUGGUGUUGCUAACAAGCAAGGGAACAAGGGCGCCAAGAAGAACCUGAAGUUCGUCGGGGUGAAUGGAGGCUACGAGUCGACGUCCAGCGAAGAGUCCAGCGGUGAUGAGAAGUCAAAGGUCGAGGUAGAGGAGGUAGAGGAGGUGGAGGAAGAAGAGGUAGAAAGCUCGGAACCGGAGGUCCAGAAGGAAAAAGAGGCGGAGCCUCAGCCAGAAGACAAGUCGAGUGAGGAGGGAGCGGCGACGGAGCAGAAGGAGGAUGCGGAGGUCUCCGCUGAGGGAGGAGGUGCCGUGGCUGCAGAGGAGGAGGCUGAGCGAGGCCUUCUGGACAUCGGGGGCAGCCAGGAGCUCCUGGAGGAGCAGGCUGAAGGGGAGAAGGUUGACCAGGGUUUCAUCGACGCCUGCCUCUAUGUUAAAGACCGAAUGGAAGAGGUUUCAUCACCAGACAAAGAAAUGCGCCAGGUUCUGAUGGUGCUCUACCAGGAGUGGUUCAAGAUCUCCAGCCAGAAGGAGUCGCAGGUGGACACCGUCAGAUCGUACCUGAGGCGAGUGGGCUUGACCACGCCCACUCUGCUGCCCUACGUGGUGAACCUGACCGACGGCAACGGGAACAUGGCGCUCCACUACAGUGUGUCGCAUUCAAACUUCCCCGUGGUCAAACUGCUGCUGGACACUGGUCUUUGUGAGACGGACAAUGUGAACAAGGCCGGCUACACCCCCGUGAUGCUCGGCGCACUGACGGCUGCCGAGAGCUCCGAUGACCUGGAGGUUGCGCAACAACUGCUGAGACUGGGAGACGUCAAUGCAUGCUCCAGACAGGCGGGCCAGACGGCGCUCAUGCUGGCGGUGAGCCACGGCCGCGUCGCCAUGGUGAAGCUGCUCCUGAGCCGCGGCGCGGACGUGAACGCCCAGGACCGCGAGGGCUCCACGGCCCUGAUGUGCGCCAGCGAGCACGGACACACCAACAUCGUCCGCAUGCUGCUGGAGACGGGGCGCUGCCACACCGGCCUCGCGGACAAGAAUGGACAGACAGCGGUGACGGUGGCAGAAGCCGCCUCCCACCAGGUGAUAGUUGACCUUCUGAAGGCCCGAGCUGACCCCAGAGCCUCCGAGGCCUCGUGUACAUCGGACCUCCUCUGAACCGGGCCGCACCCUGACACCCAUCAGUUUUCUGUUAGAGGGGAAAGGAAUUGAAUUAAAGGCACGACGACACCCUACGAGACUCAGUAUGACCAGUGAAAAUACAAAAAGUGGAUAAACUCGGGUUAACCUUGAAUCUAUUCAGUUCAAUUUGUUUAUUUUAUAUAGCCCGAUAUCACAAAUUACAAAUUUGCCCUCGGAGGGCUUUACAACCUGUACACGUACGACAUCCCUGACCUUUGACCUCACAUGGGAUCAGGGAAAACUCCCAAGAAAUAGAAGAAAAAAAACUUUCACGGGGGAAAAAAAGAGGAGGAAACCUUCAGGAGAGCAACAGAGGAGGAUCCCUCUCCAGGAUGGACAGAAGCAAUAGAUGUCAUGUGACCAGAAUGAAGAGUCACAGAGUGUGUGAACAUCUUAAUCUACACUAAACCUCGGAGACGCACACAUUUUUUAUUCUUCCACACCUCUGCCAACGCGCUCCGUGGGUGUUUAUGGAUUCGCUGCAUUCAACCAAUCGGCCGACAGACGGCAAAACGAGGCUCGGUCGAUUUUUGAUGAUGAGGCGUUGCCGUGGUGACAAGCGUGAUUGACAGCCUAGGAGACACGGUGAGGAUACAUGAUAGGAGCAGCAGGGAAGGACGCUCCGGCGAGAGGACGAAGAGACGCUCCGGCAGGCUGCUGCUCCUUUAACAUUUAGCUCUUCAGAGAAGCAAAAUACUAAGCACAUUAUCUACCUUUUCAAAUAUAUAUGAUAUUAAAUAUGACAUCAUUUCUA